CUUGUUGAACAGAAAAAUAUAAAUGUUAGAGUGACAACAAUGGAUGCCGAGCUGGAGUUUGCGAUCCUGCACAGCACCACCGGCAAGCAACUGUUCGAUCAGAUUGUGAAGACCAUCGGGCUGAGAGAGACCUGGUUCUUUGGGCUGCAGUACCAGGACAGCAAGGGCUUCUCUACCUGGCUCAAACUCAACAAGAGGGUUACAGCUCAGGACGUGAAGCGGGACAACCCUUUACUGAUCAAGUUUCGAGCCAAGUUUUACCCUGAAGAUGUGGCAGAGGAGCUGAUCCAAGAGGCCACACAGAGACUCUUCUUUUUACAGGUCAAAGAGUGUAUUCUAAACGAUGAUAUCUACUGUCCCCCGGAGACGGCUGUGCUUCUGGCCUCAUACGCUGUGCAGGUCAAACAUGGUGACUACAGGAAGGACUACCACAUACCUGGAUAUUUGGCCCGAGAAAAGCUCUUACCACAAAGGGUUUUGGAGCAGCACAAGUUGAAUAAGAAUCAGUGGGAGGAGAGGAUCCAGGUGUGGCAUCAAGAGCACAAGGGAAUGCUGAGGGAGGAUGCCAUGUUGGAGUACCUAAAGAUCGCCCAAGAUUUGGAAAUGUACGGCGUCAAUUAUUUUAGUAUCAAGAACAAGAAAGGAUCCGAGCUGUGGCUGGGAGUGGAUGCUUUGGGGCUCAAUAUCUAUGACAAAAAAGACAAGAUGACACCAAAAAUUGGCUUUCCUUGGAGUGAAAUCAGAAACAUUUCCUUUAAUGAUAAGAAGUUUGUUAUCAAGCCAAUCGACAAGAAGUCACCGGACUUUGUGUUUUACGUUCCUCGUCUUCGCAUUAACAAGCGCAUCCUGGCUCUGUGCAUGGGAAACCACGACCUGUACAUGCGCCGCCGAAAACCAGACAGUAUCGAGGUGCAGCAAAUGAAGGCACAGGCCCGAGAGGAGAAGAGCAAGAGGCAGAUGGAGAGGGCUCUACUUGAGAGUGAGAAAAAGAAGCGCGAAAAUGCUGAGAAGGAAACAGAGAAGAUCGCUCGGGAGACCAUGGAGCUGAUGGAGAGAUUGAGACAGAUUGAGGAGCAGACAAAGAGAGCUCAAGACGAGCUGGAGGAGCAGACUCGCCGCGCUCUGGAGCUGGAAAAGGAGCGCACCACGGCCCAGGAAGAAGCCGAGCGUUUGGACCAAGAUCGAAGAGCCGCAGUUGAGGCCAAAGCUGCGCUGCUCCACCAAUCAGAGACCCAGAUCAGGAACCAGGACUGUCUGGCCACUGAGCUGGCAGAGCUUACUUCUAAGAUUUCCCAGCUGGAAGACGCCAAGAAGAAAAAGGAUGAAGAGGCAAAGAGAUGGCAAAAGAGGGCUAUCAUGGCAGAGAACGAUCUUGAGAGGACCAAAGAGGAGCUGAAGUCCAAACUGAUGGGGGUGCAGAUCCAGGACCCCUCCGUGCACCCUCACAUGCACGAGCACGAUGAGACGGACGAAAGCAGCGCCGAGGCAAGCGCCGAGCUCACUGUCCCGGGGAUGGUCAGGGACAGGAGCGAAGAGGAGAGGAUGACUGAGGCCCAGAAGAACCAGAGACUGCAGAAGAACCUCAAGGCCCUCAGUUUUGAUCUGGCCGAAGCUGUGGAUGAGACCAAGAAGACCCCCCUGGACCUGAUCCAUGCUGAAAACGUGAAGGCGGGCCGGGACAAAUACAAGACCUUACGCCAGAUUCGCCAAGGCAACACCAAGCAGCGCAUAGACGAGUUUGAAUCCAUGUGA